GUAGUAUGAGAUGUAAGAUCAGAGUGAAUGAGUGAUAACCGAAGAUGUUAGUGUAGUGCAAGUGCGAAUUCCGGAAUUACUUUUGUUGAAAUGCUGAGGCCCAAGCGGCCUCAGAGAUCCCCUCGAGGUUGAUAGGAUAAUACUCCAGGGACAAAGGUCAAUUUCUGGCCUGAAAUGACUUGCUAAUAGGAUGCACAAUAGCUGCCUUGUUUGGAUGCCACUGGGGGAAUUGCUGCUUUAUCUAUGGUUGUGAAUUAUGAUAAAUUGGUGGGUAAUUUAGAGGCUGCAAAAGUUUUUGUGCGGUUCCCUGAUAUCAGGUGGUUGAUGCUCAUACAUUGUAAAUUUGUAACGUGUUUUUGAAACGUCCAUUUAAAUUCUAGCCUUUGUCAUAUCAUGUCUGAUACUUAGGACAACUGGCUGAUGAUAGUUGGGUCUUGUGAUCAGCCUAAGAUGAAUGCAAAGAAUAAUCAGAACGCCUAUGGGAUGAACAAAUCCCUAGCUUUUGGUCCUUGGUCAGUGAGCUGGGUGGAAGACUGCCAUGGGUUUGUGGCUCCUUAAUGGAGAGAGGAAAUUGCAAGGAGGCAUUUCACAAAUUCAUUGGACAGCCAGUUUCGAUAUUCUGUUCUAGCCGAACGGAUGCAGGUGUUCAUGCUUUAUCAAAUAUUUGCCAUGUUGAUGUGGAGCGGAUAAGUAAAAGGAAGCCUGGUGAAGUGUUAACACCCCAUGAGCCUGGAGUUGUAAAACGUGCUGUGAACCACUUUCUACAGAGGAAUGAAGGUGACAUAAUGGUGACUGACGUUCGCUGCGUUGCACCAGAUUUUCAUGCUAGAUAUAAAGCUCUCGAGCGCACAUAUCACUAUCGCUUGCUUUCUGGACCUGAGUCAACAUCAGUCUUUGAGAAAAACUCUGCUUGGCACAUAUCUGAGGAUUUGGAUAUUCAGGCAAUGAAGAAAGCAUGCAGCAUACUUGUUGGGCAUCAUGAUUUCAGUUCAUUUCGGGCAGCUGGAUGUCAGGCAAACUCACCAAUGAGAACUCUGGAUGAACUGAAUGUUACAGAAGUAUUCCCUUUCAUGUUUUUUCCUUCAAGCAUAGAACGAUCAGAGAUGGAAUCAUCAGAUGGGUCUCUUAUUUAUUCGAGGACACCAGCCUUAGAACCCUCUCGGAAAGAAUCUGAUGAUUCCUGUACAAGCAGUGGGAAAUCAGAAUCUGAGAACGGAAAAGAAUUUGGAUCAAGAUUAAGGCACCGCUGCUUUGUAGUUACUGCAAGGGCACGGUCUUUUCUUUACCAUCAGGUAAGGUUGAUGGUUGGUCUUCUAAAAUCUGUUGGGACAGGCGAUCUAACAACUGCAGAUGUUGAGAGAAUUUUGAAUGCAAAAAAGGUGACUGCUGCACCUCCUAUGGCACCUGCUUGUGGUCUAUACCUUGCUAACGUGAAAUACGAUCUGAACGUUUGAAGACAAAUUUUAUCAAAUGGCUUCUGUUGCUGGGCGUCCAAGUUUUGUCAGCUGUUGGCUAUCAAAGGAUCAGGUUCUUGAAUCGUCAUGAAUCCAAAUUCCAAAAGCAGCAUAAGCGGAAAAGGACCGGCUUUAUUCUCGUCAGUUUGUGCUGUGUAUUCAGAUAAUCAGAUGCUUAGAUUUUGUGUACAUGCUUUAGAAGGUUAAAAUGUUUCAUACAUCAUGACAUUUUGAGACGCAACACGUGCUGAUAGUUCCAAGUUCUGAUGAUUUGUAAACUUGGCGAUGACGGUAGUCGGAAGAGGUAACUGCUUACCUACCUCAUGCGAAUUGCAGCGGUGUGGUCUA